AUGCCGAACAUGAAAGAAGCUUUAGUGCGCAAGGGACUGAGUGUCGAGAUCGUCGACACACCGGUUCCAACGCCCCGUGCCGACGAGGUCCUGAUUAAGGUCGUCGUUAGCGGGACGAAUCCUAAGGAUUGGAAACUCCCCGAAUGGCUUGACAAACCCGGCAACCAAGGCGACGACAUCGCCGGCACCGUUGAAGCCGUCGGCGGAAAUGUGUUCGAGUUCAAGAAGGGAGACCGGGUGAUGGCGUUCCAUGAGAUGACGACUUCUGGUGGGAGUUUUGCAGAAUAUGCAAUUUCGUGGCAGCAUACGACUGUGCAUAUCCCGAGGAGUGUUUCAUCUGAGCAAGCAGCAACGAUUCCGCUAGCGGCGUUGACGUCGGUGGCUGGUCUUUUCCACCACCUUGCCCUGCCGGAGCCGUGGCGGCCUGCUACGGAGAAGAUACCACUAGUUAUCUAUGGUGGAGCGUCAGCGAUCGGUGCUUAUGCUAUUCAGCUUGCUCGGCGUAGUAAUGUUCAUCCUAUCAUUGCUGUCGCUGGUAAGGGUGCUCCGUUCGUUGAGGGGCUUAUUGAUCGAUCUAAGGGUGACACUAUCGUUGAUUACCGGAAGGGUGACGAGGCUGUGAUCUCGGGGAUCAAGGAGGCUCUCGGCUCGUCCAAGUUGUAUCAUAGUUAUGACUGUGUCAGCGAGGGAUCAAGCUUCAUCAACCUGGGCAAGGUUGUUGCCCUUGGUGGGAAGCUCGUUACGGUUAAUCCUGUGAGGGAGUAUCCUGGUGUUCCGGAUAACAUUAACUUGAUCAAGAACAAUGUGGGUUGCGUGCAUCAGGACCAGAAGGACCUGGGAUAUGUCUACUUCAGAUACCUUGCCAAGGGGCUGCUGGACGGCUGGUUCAAGCCUCAUCCACAUGAGGUGGUUCCUGGUGGACUCAAGGGCUUGGAGAAGGCUCUGACGAAUCUAAAGGAUGGGAAGGCCAGCGCAACGAAUGCCGGUGGCAUCCGAGGCAUAGGCAACGCCUCUGCCACAGAACACGCUUCUAGGUCUAUAUCCUCCUACGUAAACUCUGUCUCGGGCAGAUCACCCGCCGACCAUCAAAAUAAGUCUCCGACACCCGAUCCACGGUUCAGCCUUACUGGCCUCAUAAGACCCGCAAAGAAUUCCAUGGAAGACCAAACUCUGGCUCGACGAAACACACGCACCAAUUCUCGAACGAUGACAGGAAAGGGCCUAUUUAAGUCUGUUGUGGAGCUCAAGUGGGGUCUGUAA